GUUGAUCAGAUUAAGUGCAUUUGUGAUCCUCACUCGUACACACUCUGCCUGGGCACAGUGUGAGAACAGCUCCCACAGAGAGACAAAAAUCCCUUUUGGAGGUUGGCACGAUGGCCCAGUCAUCAGACAACAAGGUUCUGGUCCUGGGUGUGUUGGCUGGAGCGGCUGGCCUCAGCCUGGGUGCCGUGGCAUUGUACAACAGCCGGAGGGCCAUGCCACAGAGUGGACACAGUGAGCAGUACCUCAGCAGUAAUGACCAGCGGGCGGCUGGAGCCAGUAUGGUGGUGGGGGGAAUGCUGGGUCAGGCUGAGGUUCUAGAUCGUCUCGGAGCCCUGAUCCAGUGUGUGUCAGAGCUGAAAGAUGAGGUGCGGGCGCUAAAGGGUUCCAUCCCAAAGCUGCAGGACCACGUGAGGGAUGAGCUGAGAGGACGUGGGGGCGAGGGGGGUGUGGCUCGCAUCAGGGCAGGCCCACCAAACCGCACUAUACCCACACGCAGGAGGAGAAUAGCCAGAGCUGAAGGCCAAAGCUCAGAGGAGGGGGCUGAGAGUGAAGGAGGGUACAUUACGGCUCUGACAGACUCUGAGGAAGAAGAGAAGAGUGAGGCUGAUGAGAGUCAGGAGGAAGUGACCGUGAUCGAGCCUCUGGACGAGUUCUCAGCCCUCCUGGAGAGGAUGGAUGCUCUACACAAUGGCACAGAUGGAGACAAGAGGGAGUGCCUCCGCACCAUGCUGGAUAAGAGGACAGAGUUUGGACAGAACACUACUUUCUUAUGGCGACUAGUUCGAGCCUAUGUGGAUGUCCACGACAUCACUACCAACCUAGAGCAGAAGAAGACCCAUGCAGAGACUGGGAAGAAAGUUGGCGAGGAAGCCGUGAAGAUGGACCCUAUGUGUGCCGAAAGUCAUCAGUGGUACGCCAUAAUGUGUGGAAUCAUGACAGAGUACGAGACUGUGCAGAACAGGAUAAAGAAUGGCUACAUCUUCAAAGAUCAUCUGGAUAAGGCCAUCGAGCUGAAACCACAGGAUCCUAUGUCUUACUACCUGCUGGGCCGCUGGUGCUACGCUGUGGCUCAGCUGUCCUGGAUCGAGAGGAAAAUUGCUGCUACAUUGUUUGGAGAGCCUCCAAGUGCCACGGUCCAAGAUGCGCUGAAGAACUUCCUCAAGGUGGAGGAGAUCCGUCCCAAGUACUCCAAAUUAAACUAUGUGUUUUUAGCCAAGUGUUACAGAGACCUGGGGCAGAAAGGUCAGGCCAGGAAGAUGUGGGAUGCUGCUGCCUCAAUGGAAACCGUUUCCAAAGAGGAUGAGGAGGCACAGAAGGAGCUUGACUACCUUCUCCCUGCGCUAGGUGUUUAUUGAGGACAUUUAGAAAUGGUUAUGUCCUCUCGCUAGGGAGAAACCCAGGAUCAUCUUCACUGGAAGCCACACUAUGAAUGGAAUCCAAAUCAACGUCUUCUUUGAUUACUGAUGGGACAGUACCUUCAAUGGAGGCUUCAACAUUUCUGAAAUACCGGACUCUUGCUAAUCCUCUCUGGGAUUGGCUGUGCAUGCUAGGGAACACUGUUCUGGAGAACAAGUUUAUCACAGACACAUCUUGAUGUCUUAUAAAAGCAGAUAUCGAAAUUCUUUGACAUCUGUUUGCUAAAGAGAUUGUGGUAAAAAGGGACAGUUUUGACCUAUCAGCAAGCAGUUACACACCCAGAAUCCAAUUUCAUUGGCUGUUUCCAUCUUUGAUGUAAGUCAAUCAAUGGUGUUCAAUGGGAUGUAUAUUAUCUCCCAUAUCUUGAAGCAAUCUGCAGUCGAGUGUGGAGGACCAGGCAAUACUGUAGCUAGAAAAUGUUUUAAUAAUUAUACUCACCCUGCUGGUGUCAGAAAUGAAUAUGGUCCCCUGUAAACUGCAUACGUAUCAAUAAUUAUUCUUGAUUUGUUUUUUUUUAUUACACUGAAAUAGCCUAGCCUAAGAACUGCUUUUUUUUAUUUUAAAUGUUGAUGCCUGUUUUUUCCUGUUUUAACCCACCUACCAAUAAGUGCAUUGGAAAACAUCACUGGUCUUUGUGGUUGAAUCUGUUUGAAAGUCACUGUUCGACUGAGGGACCUUGAAGAUAAUUGUAUGUGUGGGGUACAGAGAUGAGGUAGUCAUUCAAAACAUCAUGUUAAACACUAUUAUUGACCACAGUGAGUCUUAUGUGACUUGUUAAGCACAUUUUUACUCCUGAACUUAUUUAGCCUUGGCAUAACGGAGGGGUUGAAUAGUUAUUGACAUUUCAGCUUUUCAUUUUUCAUUUUUUAAUUAAAAAUUAUUUAAAUAAAUAAAUAAAAGGCUAUAACAUGACUAAGUGGAAAAAUUCAAGGGGUUUAACUACUUUCUGAAGGCACUAUAACUAUAUGUUACCCUAUUUCCUAUAAAGUACACUACAUUUGACCAGGGCCGUAGUCCACUAGAUAUGGAAUAGGGGCUCUGGUCAGAUGUAGUGCACUAAAUAGGGAAUAUGGUGCCAUUUCAGAUGCAGACUUGGAUAUUUUUUUAAGUAUUCUUUGACCUGCACUGAGUGGACCACUAGUGUAGCUCUGCUGGUUGGCAAGUUUUGUGUUCCUGUCACUGUCUGUACAUAGACUGAGAUGAUGGUCCCAUCAGAUAAGAGGAAGGACUUGAUAGGGAAAGAAACAUGACUCCUAGGCAGAAUCUCAAUUUCAUACUCAUCGCGUCCUCUCUUCUCCUUCUCAAUUGGCGGAGGUCAGGGGGAAGGGACCUCUGGCUUUCUCAUCCGAUGGGUUUUGAAAAUGAGGCGAGGAAGAAGGACUCGAGGAGUGUGACAUUGAGAUUCUCCCAAGGAGUCCAGUUUCCUUCCCUAUCAAGUCUUCUGGGAACCAUUAACUGGUGCAUACUUUAUCUGAGAGGUGAAAUACAAGAAUGGUAUCAUUUAUUUUGCCUCAGAUUUGUCUGUGUUCCAGUAAUAUGAAUGUCUGCUUUUGUUGUAUCUAGGGUUGUACACAUUGUACCCACUGGGCACACACUGGUUGAAUCAACAUUGUUUCCACGUCAUUUAAAUUAAAUUACGUUGAACCAACUUGGAAUAGAUGUUGAAUUGAUGUCUGUGCCCAGUGGGCAGUGAAGUACAUUUUAAGCAAAAGGACCGAGGGGGUGUGGUAUAUGGCCAAUAUACCACGGCUAAGGACUGUUCUUACACUUCCUGGAUACUGCCCAUUAGCUGUGGUAUAUUGGCCAUGUACCACAAAUCCUGAGGUGCCUUAUUGCUAUUAUAAACUGGUUACCAAAAUAAUUUGAGCAGUAAAAAGACGUUUUCUAAUACCCGUGGUAUAUGGUCUGAUAUACCACGGCUGUCAGCCAAUCAGCAUUCAGGGCUCUAAACACCCAGUUUAUAAUAUCUUGUAAAUUAAAUACAGUACAUAAAAUAUUAUAGACACUACGCGAGCCAUGUAUUUAGAAAUGAAAAUGCAUGGCUCUGGAAACUACUAUUCUAUAGACACUACUGAUCAAUGUUAUAUGAGUCUGCCAUUUUUUCAAUAAAUAUGUAGAAUCGUGUGUGUGUGUGUGUGUGAGGGGGGGGGAUGUUGCUGGAAUGCAUGCACACACAACUAUUUUUGUACGCAACACUUGAUUAAAAUCUAAUAGGGACAUUUUCAUUCUAUUAUCAACCGAAUAUUUAGCCUGGUCUCUGAUCCAAAUGUAAUGGAAUAGCAAGGUAUGAAAGCAUGUUCUUGCUUGAUUACCAAAGGUGAAGUGUGGUGUUUUAUUUGUAAGCCACCCUUCCAUUCACCUUUUUGUGCAGACUGUAUAGUUUGUUCCAGAGCCAAUUUUAAAUUUGUCACUGGAUCAAAUUCAGUCCAACUUCCCUCCAGUCUGGUCAUGUUUCAGGUUAUUGUUAUGGCAUAGACUCAUUCAAUUACCUCCUAAAGGAACACAGGUGUUUGUUCAGUAUUAAAAUAACUCAAAAUAAAUCCUUGGAAAGUU